GUAGGUCGUUGCAUAUAAUUUAUUUAUUUUUUUAAGGAGAAAACUUUUUUUUUGUUGACAAAGGAGAAAACAUUUACCAUAAUAAAAAUCAAUAUUUACGAAAUUAUAAAUAGUUUUUCGCUCCUAUAGAACAAGACAUUAUCACUGCUCAUUCUGUAAUUCUCUGAUGGUUGUUGAUCCCUCUUUUCCUCAAACAUCCAAACGAAGAAGAAUCACCAACGUUUAUUCCAUGGCAACAAUUGCAGAGAUGCAUGAAAAAUUUGGGCGAGAGAUUCGUGUGUUUGAAACAUUAUCACUUUCUGCAUCACCAAAUGCUGCAGAAAACAAAGAAGAGGAGCCUGAAGAGUUCUACGAGUUCACAGCUGAAGAUUAUUACAAAAUUUUGGCUACUAAAAAGGAUGAUAAAUAUCUGAAGACUCGAAAACUCCGAGAAGCAGAUUUGGCGGCUCGCAGGUCAAGAAUGACCAAGGCUGUAAUUAGAGUUCGCUUCCCUGAUAAUCACACAUUGGAAGCUAACUUUCAACCUUCAGACACUAUCCAGAGUUUAAUUGAUCUCCUCAAUAAAGUGAUUGCACAACCAGAAAAGCCAUUUUACUUAUAUACUACUCCGCCAAAGAAGCUGAUCAGAGACGUAUCUCAGGAUUUCUAUGCUGCUGGAUUUUGUCCUGGAGCCAUUGUGUACUUUUCUUAUGAUGUUUCAAAAGGUGAUGGAAGCGAUGAUGGCCCAUACCUACUAGAAGAGGUGUUAUCUUUGAAGAGUGCUAAUGAUCAAGGUCAACCGUCUGAGCCAUUACAGUCCGCGCCAGUGUCUGCUGAGCCUGUCGUGCAAGCUCCUCCUGUUGAAGAACGAAAACCGGCCGAGAAAAAGAUUGUUAAGCCAAAGUGGUUGAAAAUGUAAUAUCAUGUGGUCAACAGUAAUUAAGUGGUUAGUUGAUGGUGGAAAUUUGUUCUGUGCAUGUAUGUAUGAAAAAGUGGUUGAAAAUGUGAUAUCAUUUUUGUUACUUUUUCUCAUAGUUAAUGCUAUUUGACAUAUAUGGAUUAUGGAUCUUAA